AUGUUGGGCUCAUGGACUAGACGAACAGCUCUGCGUUGCAGCAAUGCCAACCGCAUGUUGCAGACCGUCCGACACGCCUCCAGCAAACACACCGCUUAUGAGGAGGCUUUGGCAUUGAUUCAGAAGGACAAACAGGAGCGAUUAAAGAUGCUUGAUAUGGUGGAGAAGGAGCUUGCUCGCUUGCAAAAGACCACCCAUUCACCAGCACAACUCGCUGCCCUCAAUGCUCUCAAGUUCGAUCUCCAGGUGAAAUCAGAGUUGAACGAUCCUGCUAUUCGACGUCAGUUCAAAGAAGGCAAUGUGGAUAUGUCACGCCCUGUCUUCCGAUACAUGACCCAGAAACAAUUUGAAAAGGCACCUCUUUCUCAGCUCAUGGAACGCAUUACUCAAAUGCGGGUGGUCCCUGAUCUUUUACCAUUGGAUGUGGCACCUACAGUGCAAGUGAAUAUCAAGUUGGACAAUGACACAAUCGUUGAGCCUGGUGUGUUUAUUAAACCAGAGCAGAGCUUGCGUUUGCCCGAGAUUGAUGUGACCAACUUUCAUACUGAGCAAAGGUUGUAUACUUUGAUGCUCGUUGAUCCAGAUUCGCCUGAUGUCGCCAACAAGACUUAUCAACAACGUUGCCAUUGGUUGAUAACCAAUGUGCCCCUUUCUGCAACAGAAUCGAUUGUCAAGGAUGGCGAGACUGUACUCGACUAUAUUCCACCACAUCCACAAAAAGGCACCAAAUACCAUCGCUACACCUUGAUUGCAUACGAACAACCUAAUGCUGGAAAGGACAAGGUCGAUAUUAAGGUAGAGGGCCGUGAUGCAUUCGAUGUCAAGGGUCUCGUCGAACGUCAUGGUCUUCAGGCACGUGGUGUAUCCUUCUUCCGCCAAGUAUGGGAUGAGACCGUCAGUCAAAUUUACAGCGAUAUUCUCAACACCUCCGAGCCUAUCUAUGGCAAACCACCCAGAACCGAUCGCUAUAUUCGUAGAGCUGUGUACUAUUAG